AUGGCGAAUACUUCUUCUUCGCCCCAUUCGUCGAACGAGUCUACGAGCACUCUUCCUGCGACUGACGCCCUUCCCGAAAAACCGGAAUACCGCUUCAACUUUGGAAAGUAUCCAGGACGAACCCUCGAAUCCGUUCCGCCAGGAUACGUAGUUUAUCUGAUCAAGAAGAACGGCGCUGCAGCUCGACCAGACCUUAAAGCUGCUCUUGAUAAACGUCCUGACUUGGUCAAACCCAAGAGCAAUGAAUCUUCAACUUCAAGAGCUCCUCUUGACGCGACAGGACGACCACGGCUGCGUGCAGAGUCACAUGACGAGGUUAGUCCUCCUCCCAAGGACCAGAAGCUAUCGAGCAGCCCAGGAACGAUGUAUCCUGUGCGGGAAAAUUCGAAAACACUCCCAGUAGCUAGAACAGAUGCAGAAAAUGGAUUUCGACCACCACUGCCACAACCACCAAUCAACAAAACUGACGUCCAAGCCGGAGUCAGCAAGCAAAAUUCGAUAUACAGAAUCCAUUUCGGGCGUCACGAUGGCAAGACGCUUUCCGAAGUACCGAAUGAUUUCAUUCUUCGACUUGAGAAGCUCAUUAAUUUACCAAAUUUCACACAAGCAACUCCAGAGUUACGAGCUGCUUUGCGUGAAUUUCGGAAAGGAAAGAUAAAGAAUGAGCCUGCACCUUCCGCCGUUCAGCUUCGGCCCCCGGAAAGUAUCAAGCCGGAGUCAAAACUUGUUGUGUAUAAAUCUUCCAUACCUCAAGACUCACGAGGCCCUCAACGCAACCACACCAACAUUCCUCCGAAGGCAUUCCAAAAGGCUCCCUGGACACCGCCGAACCUCAACUAUGCUCCUCGAAGAAAGUUCUGGGACAGUUUCGAGGAGCAAUUUAUCUGGAUCUCUGCUUCUGACGCAACUUCUUUCUUCGGCCUGACAAAGGAACACUUUGACCAACUUCCUGUGAUGGGCGGCGGCAAAGCGAAGAGGUUCUGGCUGUAUCAUGUGUGGGAUCUGUUUAGGUACAAUACAUCACAGACCAAGGCGGAUGCGGCUCUAAAAGCAUUUAGGGAUAAGAAUGACGAUAAGACGCACGAGAUAUGGGGGAGAUUGGGAUUGGGUCCCGGGUAG